GUGGAGUUAAACAGUCUGGGUUACGCACUUUCGAAUUAUAUUUUCGGCGGGUAACCAGUAAGAUUUUGUAGGUGCAAACCACUUAUUCUUCAGGAAUAUAAGAUCGAGAGAUUAAAGAAAGCUCACUAAAUCAAACUUUGAAUAUAUUAGAACCUAGGAGAUACUCCUACGGAUAUAUUAGACAUGCAACGUUUGUUAACCUACAUCCCUCAAAAUUUGAAGGUGGUGCUCAAAGACCCAAUGACGUUCCUGAAACCUUUGUCUAUUGGGUGUAUUCGUAUGUAUCCUGGUGACGAAUUGGGACGAGGUGCAGGCAAGGGUGGUGGUACUGGUGGUUCUAUUCGGGAUGCUGGUGGGGCGUUCGGCAAAUUAGAAGCACGUAAUGAGGAAGAAUACUUCUAUAAAUUGCAACAACAACAGUUACAUGAAUUAAAGAAGCAUUUAGAAGAGGAACAUGAACGUGAAAAGAAGGAGAUCAAACGACUUGAAGAAUCACUCAAAAAACGGAAAAAAUUACUGGCUGAUCUUGAAAAGAAGCAUUAAUUGACAGGAUCAACCAUUUUCAUCGACUUGUAUUAGAUAUUAUAGACUGAAAUUCCAAUUAGCAUGAUAUGUAUCUGUGUAUAUGUAGAUUUUCACAUAUCCAACAGAUUUCUGUACUUAAAAGUCGAAUGAUGAUAAAUUACUGAAUAAUCUUUAA